AUGGUUCGGGGGAGUGCCAUCCUGGCUGCGCUGUCUGGUACAGCUGCUGGAAUUGUAACAUCGCCUUUCAAGCGCGAUCUGAAGCUUUCCGCAGAGCUGGGGGUUCAUCCGGAUACCCUGCUCGGCCACAAGACUACGGUGCAUGCUAUUGCCAAUUCCCAGCUCGAUUCGAUCGUCACGGCAGAGUAUGUUUCGCUCCCCAUUGAUCACAGCAACUCUUCGGUUGGUCAAUACCAGAACCGAUACUGGGUUUCCGAGGAGAAUUACAAGGAGGGCGGCCCGGUCUUCGUGUAUGAUGUUGGUGAGGCAUCUGCCGCAUCAUCGGCUCAAGCCUACCUGACCAAUUCGACUACGUUCUUUUAUCAAUUGGUCAAGGAAUUCGGUGGAAUUGCUAUCGUUUGGGAGCACCGAUACUACGGGGAUUCUCUUCCCUACAACGUCAGCCGGCACAUGCAGCCUGAACAUCUCCAGUACCUGAACAACAAACAGGCUCUGGCAGACAUCCCAUACUUUGCGGCCAACUUCACUCGCGGAAAUUAUAGUGAUGUGGACCUGACCCCAGGCGCAACACCGUGGGUCAUGGUUGGAGGCUCGUACUCUGGCAUGCGAUCUGCGUUUACCCGUCAUUUGUAUCCCGAUACAAUUUACGCUUCCUACGCUUCCUCCGCCCCCGUGGAAGCACGGAUCGACAUGAGCGUUUAUUUCGACCAGGUUUACGACGGCAUGGUUGCAUAUGAGCACUUGAACUGCACCCGGGACAUUCAGGCUGCACUGAGGUACGUUGAUGAGCAACUAUCGAAGAACGAAUCGUCCGCAGCGGCCAUCAAGAAGGAAUUCUUCGGCGAAGGCGCCGAGAAAAACAGCAACGGCGAUUUCAGCGCCGCGCUUGCAAUUAUUUACAACUAUUUCCAGUCUUAUGGUAUGGGCGGUGGUGUGGGCAGUCUGGAGUCAUUCUGCGCACACAUGGAGAUCGACCCGAAGACUAACGCAACGGCGCCCGCACAAGGAUUCGCCCAUCACCGGGGUAAGAAGUAUGCCGCCGAGCGCUAUGCUUCAUGGCCAGUUUUCACGCAGCUGGUCAACAUGAACUUGGAUACCAACUGCAAGAAGCUUGAAGCCAGCGAGCCCCUCAAGUGCGAUCUGUCACAGCCAUCCAGCGACCCGGACACCAUCAGCUGGACGUGGCAGUACUGCACCGAAUGGGGAUUCUUCCAGACCAACAACUUCGGACGUCGCUCGCUGCUGUCGAAAUACCAGACCCUUGAGUAUGCACAGGAAUACUGCAACAAAGCCUUCCCGGAGGCUAUCAAGAAGGGUCUGUUCCCCAAACACCCGUUGGUUAACGCCACCAAUGCGGAGACCGGCGGAUGGACUAUUCGUCCGUCCAACGUCUACUGGAGCGGCGGUCAAUUUGAUCCCUGGCGUACUUUGUCUCCCCUCGCGGAGGGCACUCGGCUAGCCCCACAGGGUGUGUCUCUCACAACCGAGAUCCCCAAGUGCAAUGUGGAGACGCAGGAAAAUACGAUCUUCGGCUACAUCAUGAAAAAUGCGGAGCACUGCUUUGAUUUCCGCAGUACCUUCGUACCUGGAGCGAUUUCCCGGGGUUACUUCCACACAGCCUUGACAGAGUGGCUCGGGUGUUUUAAGGCCAAGACUCUUUAA